GUAAACCAUUGCAACGAAGUUAUUUAGGGAAAACGUGCGCGUUAUUCCUUAAACGUCAAUUUCUUAUUUUCACUUGGACGAGCAAACAGGGCAGCUGCAAUGUGGAUUCAAGUGCGCACAAUGGAUGGGAAGGAGACCCACCGGGUAGAUAACCUCUCCAAACUUACCAAGGUGGAUGAGCUGCGUCUCAAAAUCUUGGAGAUCUUCAAGGUGGAACCGGAGAGGCAGCGGCUGUUCUACCGUGGCAAGCAGAUGGAGGAUGGCCAUACCAUAUUUGACUACAACGUGGGACUAAAUGACAUAGUGCAGCUGCUUGUAAGGCAGAAGAUGCCCCCUGUUGAUGUUGUCAAGAGCAAGGACAAAGAAGCCGAGCUCUCUGACUCUGAUUCUGGCUGUGGCUCAACCCAGAGCGAGUCUGACAAGAGCUCUACUCACGGUGAAGUAGAGGGUCAAACUGCUAGCACCUCUGCCCAGACCAACAGCUCAGAGCUCAUUGAUCCGGGGUUUGGAUUUUACAAGAUCAAUGAGCUGGUGGAUGCAAGGGACUUGAAUAUGGGAGCGUGGUUUGAGGCCCAGAUUGUGAAUGUUACGAAGACGACACAGACGCCUAAAGAGGAGGCUGCAGAGGCACAGCCAGCAGAGGAAGAGAUACUGUACCAUGUUAAAUAUGAAGACUACCCAGAGAAUGGCGUGAUUCAGUUGCUGUCCAAGGAUGUUCGUCCGCGGGCCCGUACGGUGUACCAGUGGCACCAGCUUGAGCCAGGAAUGGUCGUUAUGGUCAACUACAACCCAGACGAGCCCAAGGAGCGUGGCUACUGGUAUGACGCAGAGAUCCAGAAGAAGAGGGAAACGCGCUCUCUGCGAGAAAUCUAUGCCAAGAUUAUCCUUGGCGAUGCUGGUGACUCUCUUAAUGACUGCCGGAUCGUGUUCCUGACUGAAAUCUACAAAAUUGAGGAAGCCGGCUCUUUGAGUGAAACCCCACCUGGAUCAGAGAGUCCACUAAAAAGAUCAAAUGGACCUGAAUGCAAGCACUGUAAGGAUGAUCCCAAAAAAAACUGUCGCUGGUGUAACUGCCACAUCUGCGGCAUCAAGCAGGAUCCUGACAAACAGCUGUUAUGUGAUGAAUGUGACAUGGCCUAUCACACCUACUGCCUGAACCCACCACUCACCUCCAUCCCUGAAGAUGAGGACUGGUAUUGCCCAGGUUGCCGUAAUGAUGCCAGUGAGGUUGUGUUGGCUGGAGAGAAGCUGAAAAAGAGCAAGAAGAAAGCAAAGAUGGCUUCCGCUAGCUCCUCCAGCCAGAGGGACUGGGGCAAGGGAAUGGCCUGUGUUGGUCGAACCAAGCAGUGCACUAUUGUCCCAUCCAAUCACUACGGCCCAAUUCCUGGUGUCCCUGUCGGCUCCUUGUGGAAGUUCAGAGUACAGGUCAGUGAGUCUGGAGUCCACAGACCACAUGUAGCUGGCAUUCAUGGCAGGAGCAACGAUGGUGCCUACUCUCUGGUCCUGGCUGGAGGUUAUGAGGAUGAUGUGGAUGAUGGCAAUGAGUUCACUUACACUGGCUCUGGCGGACGAGAUCUGUCAGGAAAUAAGAGGACUGCUGAGCAGUCAUGUGAUCAGACACUUACCCACAUGAACCGGGCACUGGCUCUCAACUGCAACGUCCCCGUCAAUGAGAAAAAUGGAGCUGAGUCCAAGAACUGGAAGGAAGGCAAACCGGUUAGAGUUGUGCGCAGCUGCAAGGGUCGCAAGCACAGUAAAUAUUGCCCUGAGGAAGGAAACCGAUAUGAUGGGAUAUACAAGGUGGCGAAGUACUGGCCUGACAAAGGCAAGUCUGGCUUCUUGGUUUGGCGUUAUCUGCUGAAGCGUGAUGAUGAUGAGCCGGCACCGUGGACAAGGGAUGGCAAGGAGCGCAUCAAGAAGCUCGCUCUCACCAUGCAGUAUCCUGCUGGCUAUCAGAAAGAGAAGGAGAACAAAAAUGAAGUGGAGGAGGCGGCGGCGGCAGCAACACCCAGCAAGGCAAAGAGGAAGAGAAAAUCUCAGGGCAGCGAAUCCUCCAAGACCCCACCAGCCAAGACUCCAAAGAAAGUCAAGGUAGAGGUAUACAAGCUUUCCCAGGAGCAGAAGGCCCUCAUCAAGAAUGACAAGCCAAACAAGAAGCUGUGGGACGAAGCCAUGGAGUCACUGUCACUUGGACCGAAAUUUUUGAACAAGGUUGAAGAAGUUUUCCUCUGCAUUUGCUGCCAAGAAGUGGUCUAUCAGCCCAUCACGACAGAGUGCCAACACAAUGUCUGCAAAGAAUGUCUUCAGCGGUCCUUCAGAGCAGAGGUUUACACCUGCCCGGCCUGCAGACAUGAUCUGGGCAAAAACUACUCCAUGACUGUCAACAAAUCUCUGCAAGACAUUCUAAAUCAGUUUUUCCCGGGGUACAGCAACGGGCGAUGAUCAUUGGUUCUGCUUACUCAGCCCUCGAGGAAACGUGAUGUAAACUGUAAGGGGAAUUUUCAGUAGAGGCAAUAAAGAAUCAGUUUCUCUUAAUAUAUUUUUUAUGAUUUAUAAAACUACAAUUUCUGUGGACUUUAAUGCUGCCAUUUUUCACCUUGGAUCUGCCGUGAUGUGUAGUUACUGAUGAAUCGAAAAUUCCUUUAUUACUGCCUGUGCCAUUACCCCGUUAAUACCUUAAAUUGUGAUUUUUUUUUU